ACUUGUCAUUUACUUUGUUAAUAAAUAGAGGUAAAAAAAUUGAAGGAUCUAACUUUCGGGAGUUUUGAACCCGACGUAAAUCGAACACGCAACCUUCUGAUUUGGAGUCAGACGCGCUACCAUUGCGCCACGGAUCCUGUUGAAAUCAAGUAUCAUAAGCUAAUCUUACGCAUUACUCACUAUUUUUAAACCUAUAACCAAGCUUAGAAAGUGAAAAUUUGACAAACAGAAGUUUAUCAAAAAAGUUUUCUGUUUUGCUAAUAUAUAUCUUCAUUUUCACCUUGAGAUCACCAUUCAAAUCCCCAUUACCUUUUCUUAAAAAGGAAGAAAAGAAAAAAACAUAUUUAGAAAAGAAAAAACAAAAUUCAUGGAUAAGGAUUUGAUAGGAGAAAAAAUAACCAAUUCAAAAAGAGGAGGAAGAGAAGUAAUAUAUAAACAAAAAACGGAUUUAACAUUGACGUUGGUUGAUUAGUCGUCGGUCGUCGAAGGAAGAAGAAGUCUAUUCUACUUCUUUCUUCACCGUACGAUCGUCUUCUAAUGAAAGAAUCACCAAAGCCAAUGGCUACAAGCUCUUCCUCCUCCUCGUCCUUCUCCUCAAUUCCUCCUUCGUCUCCAUCAUCUUCUCCAGCCACCACAACCACGCCGCCACGUCAGAACAAUCUCCUCGAGCCACCAUCUUCAAAAAAGAAGAAAAACAAAUCAAACGUGUUCCGAGUUCUACGCACUGUGUUUCGAUCUUUCCCUAUCUUCACAACAUCAUCCAUAGCAUGCAAAAUCCCGGUUAUCAACCCCGGUUUAGGCGUAGCAGACCCACAUCACAACACGUCAAGAGUCACCGGCACAUUGUUCGGAUACCGUAAAGGCCGAGUAAGUCUCUCCAUACAAGAAACCCCUAAAUGUCUACCUUCUUUAGUCGUAGAGCUCGCCAUGCAAACCACAACGUUUCAAAAAGAACUUAGCAUGGGGAUGGUUAGAAUCGCUCUCGAGACAGAGAAACAACCUAACAAUAAUAACAACAAAACAGAAAAGAACACAAAUAUUUUGGAUGAACCGUUGUGGACAAUGUAUUGUAAAGGAGACAAAACUGGUUACGGCGUGAGACGUGAAGCGAACGAUGAAGACUUAAGCGUGAUGGAACUGUUACGUCCGGUGUCUAUGGGAGCCGGAGUUUUGCCCGGAAACUCGGAGUCGGAAGGACCCGACGGUGAAAUGGCGUACAUGAGAGCUUACUUUGAGAGAGUUGUUGGGUCUAAAGAUUCAGAGACCUUUUAUAUGUUGAGUCCUGAAGGGAAUAAUGGACCCGAGCUUAGUUUUUUCUUUGUAAGAGUUUGAUUUAAUUUGUUAAUUUAACGUGCAUGUAAAGGCCGGAGACGGUGGUUGACGUUAUAUAUAGUAUUAUUUUAGUAUGAUUAAAUAAUAUUUCUCCUUUUAUAUAA